UUCUCCACUCCAGUCGAUUUCUUUGCUUGUUCUGGUGUGGGGACAUGGCGUUUCCUAGCUUGUUCUCCUUCGUCACCCUUUUGAUCAUGUUCGGAGUCGCUCAUGGAGGUGAUGGUGGAUGGAUCGACGCACACGCUACCUUCUAUGGAGGUGGUGAUGCUUCUGGGACGAUGGGAGGGGCAUGUGGUUAUGGUAAUCUCUACGACCAAGGGUAUGGCACCGAGAGCGCUGCACUGAGCACGGCUCUGUUCAACAACGGGCAGAGCUGCGGUGCGUGCUUCGAGAUCAAAUGCGCGGGCGGGCAGUGGUGCCUCAAGGGUUCGAUCGUCAUUACCGCCACUAACUUCUGCCCUCCAAACAACGCGCUUCCCAACGACGAUGGAGGGUGGUGCAAUCCGCCCCGGCACCACUUUGAUCUCUCUCAGCCCGUCUUCGAGAAGAUCGCACAGUAUAAAGCAGGCAUCGUCCCAGUCCAAUACAAAAGGGUCUCCUGUGUGAAGAAGGGAGGAAUCAGAUUCACCAUUAAUGGUCACUCCUACUUCAAUCUGGUUCUGAUCACCAACGUCGGGGGUGCGGGAGACGUGGUGGCCGUGUCAGUGAAAGGGUCAAGAACCGGGUGGCAGCCGAUGAGCCGCAACUGGGGCCAAAACUGGCAGAGCAGCAGCAACCUCGACGGCCAGUCCCUCUCUUUCAGCGUCACCACCAGCGACGGCCUCUCCGUCACCUCGAUGGACGUCGCGCCACCGAACUGGAGCUUCGGGCAGACGUAUUUGGGAGGCCAGUUCUGAACGCUUCCAUAACUCCAAACCAGCUCCAGCUUCCUCUUGCUUCCAGUAGCAUGCAGUUCGAUCAAGUCUUAUAGCUAGCAGCACAAAUUGGGUCAUGGGAGGGGCCUCUCUUUUGAAUGGCCCUCGUCAUUGAUGACCUUGCACUUGCUGAUUUCCUCGGUCUCUUUUCUUCGUUUCUUUUUCCUUCUUCGUUUAUUGGCAUUCUCUUCUGCCAUCCGAGCCUCAUUGGAGUGGCAGAAGAGAGCAUCAUCAGAAUGGUGGGCGAGGAGGAAGGCUGAGGUGAACAAAGGAGGAUGAUCACCCGCCCAUGGAUUCUGUCCUUUGUCAUGUAAUAUUCUGUCUCUGUGGAACGGUGAGUGUAAUCAGUAUAUAUAUUACAUAUUAUAUAUAUAUAUAUAUAUAUAUAUAUAUAUAUAAUAUUUUGACAAGGGAACUUUGCCUGAGAAUAUAUAUAUAUAUAUAUAUAUAUAUAUAUAUAUAUAGUAUUUAGGAACUGUACCCGACUCGGUACCACAUCGGAUCUAAAUUUUGAAUACCUAUACCCGAAAAUGUCGGUUUCGGAUUCGGAUCGGUUUUUGGGGCUCAGUUGAUGUCUGUUAUACCGCCCGUGGCUGAGGUGUCCCGCAAAAUCGCAACCGGCGGUCUCAUUAGGGCGCCUCCUCCACGGCAGCGAUAGCAGAUCCUCCGAAGCCGACGUCUAACUAGCGGCGCGUCGACGUUGGAUGGUCUUCUUGGAUCGUCGGAGAGCGCCCGCCGCCGAGAAAAGCGCCUCGAGGAGAUGAUGUUUCUACCCCGCGCUCCCAAGAUCUUCAAGCAAUGGGUUGUCCUCCUUCCUUUGUCAUGCAGAAGUAGUGUUUUGGUGUUCUCGUUGGUGUUUCUGGAUCAGAGAACCGAGAACGCGAUGAUGGUUAGAAUGCUUUCUUCCGUUUUCUUCCGAUGUUGAUUGCUUCACAGAACUUGUAGUACUGAAAUUUGCUAUUCAGCAUGGAUGCGCACUUUGCUGCAUCUCUAAUGUCUACCACGCCUCCCCCCAAUCCAGCAUUACAGUUAUACCGCUCGAUAAAGCAUGGAUGUUAGCUUUGCAUGUGUCUAAUCAUGUUUUCUCCUUGCUAAUUAUAUUGUUGAUGUUCUUAUGUGAUGAUAACAUCCACAAAUUUUUUCUG